GAAAAUGGCGGACGGCGGGGCAGGCCCGGCCCGGCAGGAAGGGGAAGUGGCGGCGGCGGCGUCUGGCAGCGGCCGGAGGGAUCGGCAGCCCCGGAGCAGCGGCCGCCCACCCAGCGCCCGCGAUUUGCAGUUGGCCUUGGCAGAGUUAUAUGAAGAUGAAGCUAAAAGGCAGGCGUUGUGUCCCGACAAACCAACAACUACAAAGCUCAGUAACACGAAAGUAUCACAGAGUCUUAAAAUUGAUUCUCUCAGAAGGUUGAGAAAACCAGAAAGAAGCAUGAGCGAUGACAAAGAAAACCAAAGAUUUUAUUCAGGUGACUCAGAAUAUAGAGACUUACAGAUUUCUGGGGCUUCUAAUAAUCCGAGUAAAAUUGUUGCUGAACUCUUCAAGGAAGCAAAAGAACACGGGGCUGUUCCUUUAGAUGAAGCCGCAAGAGCAUCUGGUGAUUUCAGUAAAGCUAAGUCAUUUUCUGGUGGUGGAUAUAGAUUGGGUGACUCAUCGCAAAAGCACUCUGAAUACAUCUAUGGAGAAAAUCAAGAUGUUCAAAUUUUGCUGAAACUAUGGAGGAAUGGCUUCAGUUUAGAUGAUGGGGAGUUGAGAUCCUACUCAGACCCAACAAACGCUCAGUUUCUUGAGUCUGUUAAAAGAGGGGAAAUUCCUGUGGAAUUGCAGCGAAUUGUUCAUGGUGGCCAAGUUAAUUUGGAUAUGGAAGACCACCAAGAACAGGAAUACGUGAAGCCGAGACUGCGUUUCAAAGCUUUCAGUGGCGAAGGGCAAAAACUUGGAAGCCUUACACCUGAAAUAGUCAGCACACCUUCUUCCCCAGAAGAGGAGGAGAAAUCCAUUCUUAAUGCGCCUAUUCUGAUUGAUGAUUCCAUGCCAGCAACUAAAAUUCAGAUUAGAUUAGCAGAUGGAAGCCGAUUAAUACAAAGAUUUAAUCAGACACACAGGAUUAAGGAUAUUCGAGAUUUCAUUAUCCAGUCCCGUCCAGCGUUUGCAACAACUGAUUUUGUUCUUGUGACUACCUUUCCAAACAGAGAGCUAACAGAUGAAAGCCUCACACUACAAGAAGCAGAUAUACUUAACACUGUGAUUCUUCAGCAAUUCAAAUAAUCUUACAGUGGUUGGUACAAUGCAGGGAGUGUGCUGUAUUGUCCUACAAUAUGUUUCCAACAGAUGAAAAAAAAAAGAAAGAUCAGCGUGUUUUUUAUUCCCUCGCUUCCAUGGAUCAGAUUUUUGGGUUUCAUGUCUUCCAGCAUAUCUAACUUUUUUAUUUUAGUUUCUCGACACUAUUCAACCAUUUUUUCAGUGUUAAAAUUAAGCUUCCCUAUGUUAGUAUGUUUCAUACCACAUCUUGUACUAAAUGUGAGAUGUCUCUUGAUUAUUCUGAGGGGGGGUGGGGGGAGAAGCGUUUUUUUGAAGGGGGAUAGUAUCUUUUCAUACAGUUGGUAAGAUUUGCACUAUGGAAAUGUUUUAUGCUGCAUUGACAAACAGCCAUGUGAAAACUAAGCCUGUAGGUUUUGUUUACCUUCCAUAAUGUAUUAAGGUGUUCUGUUUAAGAGGUUGACAGAUAAUUAAUACCCUAAUAUCAUUUUUGUAUAUUCUGUUUGUAGUGUUUCAUGGUGCAGUUUAAUAUUUAUAUUCUAUUUUUUAUGUAAUUUGCCCUGUAUUGUUGCUCGUAUGAGUGAAUCAAUUCAGGAGAUGCAAACCUAUAUUGCAGACUAUAAUAGAUUGUUCUCAUUUGUAUUAUAGUUGUUCUACUUGUGAAAAUAAGUAUGAUUCUCUUUCUUCUUGAAGUUAAAAACUGGAGAGACCACUAUCAUCUGGAGAAAUGCUGUGAUUUAGAUUUCAUGAGAGUAGGCCUGUGGUGACUUAGAACCUGAAUAUGCAGUUGAACCCUGUGCAGCUACAAGUUUCUUCACAUGAGCAGUUACUUAAAUAACUCCAAACAAAAAAAAACCCAACUCGCUGAGGUGCACACACAACUUGUUUAUGCUGUCACUCGCGUGCACAAAAGUAGACAUGUUAAUUGGUUACAUAUUUUCAACCUGAAUUUCACAUCUUUAUAUUUGGAAUAUUGGCCGAAGGCAUUUUCUAGUAUUCAGUGGGGAUUUGGUUGUGCAGCUUUCACUGUACUCGUUUGGAAGCUGUAUAAUUAAACCCUUUAAUCUUUGAAACGAUAUAUUUUUUCAAAUAACUGGGCAGUAUGCAGGUAGGAAUCUUACGUUGUGGGCAAACUGGCUGCUGUGCUUUAGUAGUAUGCAAUUUUAUAGUAUUUGUGGCUUUAUAUCAGAUGAGUGGGUCACACACUCUGGAAGAGGGUAAAUGGACUGGAUCUCUUGUACCAAUAUAUGUGUUAAAAAUGCUGUUUUCACUGAUUAUUUUAUUCUGAAAAUAUCAAUACUUAUUUAUUUAUGCUAAGCUCACAAUUGCUCAGUAUAUUUGAUUAAUGUUACAUUUUUACCUCAGAGUAGAUAUUUGGCAAAAUUUUAAAUGUGCAAUUGUACUUGAAGUAUUUUGUUUUGUAAUGUGAAUUAUCUGCAUGAUUUUAUUCAUAACUCAUUUCGCGUGCUAAGUAAUUAAAGUUUUGAGCUAAAAAGACCAUA